AUGAGUUCAAUUGCAAAUCGACGUAUGAACAUGCAAAGAAUGCAAAAUGUCCUUUUAAUUUGGUUGGACAACAAUAUUAAUGAUAAUAAUGAUGAUUGUAGUAACACAAUCAAACAAUUGAAAUGUGUAGUUAGCAACGUAAACACAUUUACAGAUGGUGAAGAAUGUGUUGAAUUUAUUCAAACAAUAACCAACAACAAAAUAUGUAUGAUUGUUUCUGGUUCACUUGGACAACAUAUUGUGCCUCGUGUGCAUGAUAUAUCCGAAGUAGACACCAUUUUUAUUUUCUGUAACAAUCAAGAAUGGCAUAAACAAUGGGCCAAAGAAUGGCCUAAAAUAAAAGGAGUCGUCACAGAUAUAACACCAAUCUGUGAAGCCCUUAAACAAGCUAGUCAACAAUGUGAACAAAAUGCCAUCUCAAUCAGCUUUGUGGCACCAAACAAGAAACUGGAUCAAUUAGAUCCAUCAUUCAUGUAUACUCAAAUCUUGAAAGAGAUCUUAUUAACCAUCGAUUUCGAAGACAAACAUAUUAAAGAAUUUAUUACUUAUUAUCGUGAAACAUUUGUCGAAAAUGACUAUGACUUACAAAAUAUUGAAAAAUUGGAACGUGACUAUCAUGAUCAAAAACCUAUUUGGUGGUAUACUUAUCAACAUUUUUUAUAUUCGAUGCUUAAUCAAGCAUUAAGAUCAAUGGACGUUGAUAUUAUUCUUCGAAUGGGUUUCUUUAUUAAUGAUCUGCAUCGUGAUAUUCAAAGAAUCCAUUCGGAACAAUUUGAUGAUGAACAAUCUGAUAAAAUAUUUACAGUUUAUCGUGGACAGUGUCUUUCAAAAGAAGAUUUUACCGAAAUGACAAAAACUAAAGGUGGACUUCUUUCUUUUAAUAACUUUUUAUCGACCAGUAAAAAUCGUGAUGUUUCUCUUUUAUUUGCACCACAAGCUGCUACAAAUCCUGAUCUCGUUGGAAUUCUAUUUGUUAUGUCAAUUAAUCCUACUCAUUCAACAACUCCAUUUGCUUCUGUUAGUAGUGUUAGCUAUUUUCAUACAGAAGAUGAAGUUCUCUUCUCUAUGCAUACAGUUUUCCGUAUUGGAGAUAUUAAACCAGUAGAUGGAAACAAUCAUCUGUACCAAGUGAAUUUAACAUUGACCAGUGACAAUGACCAACACCUUCGAAAUCUUAGCGAUCAAAUUCGGAAGGAGACCUUUCCAGAUAUCGAAGGAUGGUACAGAUUAGGGUCAUUGCUAAAUAAAAUGGGUCAACUUAAUAAGGCUCAAGAAGUUUAUGAAGUUUUACUGCAUCAAACAACGGAUGAAAGUGACAAGGCAUCUAUUUAUAUUCAGCUAGGUUCGAUCAAACAUAAUCAAGGGGAGUAUCAAAAAGCACUUUCAUCUCAUGAAAAAGCUCUACUAAUUCGACAACAAUUACUACCUUCCGAUCAUUCUAAUUUAGCUAUGUCCUAUAACAACAUCGGUAGUGUGUAUUAUAGCAUGGGUGAUUAUCCAAAAGCAUUUUUGUCUCAUGAAAAAGCUCUUGCAAUUCGACAACAAUCACUCCCUUCGAAUCAUCAUCAUUUGGGAGAUUCCUAUGACAACAUCGGUAAUGUGUAUUACAGCAUGGGUGAUUACCAACAAGCACUUUCUUGUUAUGAAAAAGCCCUUGCAAUCAAACAAAAAUCACUUCCUUUCAAUCAUCCUGAUUUGGGAGAUUCCUAUAACAGAAUCGGCAGCGUGUUUCACAGUAUGGGUGACUAUCAACAAGCACUUUCUUGUUAUGAAAAAGCCGUUGCAAUUCGACAACAAUCACUUCCUUCCGAUCAUCCUUAUUUGGGAGAUUCCUAUAACAGGAUCGGCAGAGUGUUUUACAGUAUGGGUAAUUAUUCAAAAGCGCUGUCUUGUUAUAAAAAAGCCGUCGCAAUUCGACAACAAUCACUUUCUUCCAAUCAUCAUCAUUUGGGAGAUGCCUAUAACAAUAUCGGUAAUGUGUAUUCCAGCAUGGGUAAUUAUCAAAAAGCACUUUCUUAUUAUAAAAAAGCCCUUCCAAUUCGACCACAACCAAUUCCUUCCAAUCAUCCUGAUUUGGCAAAUACCUAUAACAAUAUUGGUUUGGUGUAUUACAACAUGGGUGAAUAUUCAAAAGCACUUUCUUGUUAUGAAAAAGCUCUUGCAAUUCGACAACGAUCACUCCCUUCGAAUCAUCAUCAUUUGGGAGAUUCCUAUAACAACAUCGGCAGUGUGUAUUACCGCACGGGCGAUUAUCAAAAAGCACUUUCUUGUUAUGAGAAAGCUUUUGAAAUUCGACAACAAUCACUUCCUUUGAAUCAUCCUGAUUUAGCUAUGUCCUAUAACAACAUCGGUAAUGUGUAUUACAACAUGGGUGAUUAUCUAAAAGCACUUUCUUAUCAUGAGAAAGCUCUUGCAAUUCGACAACAAUCGCUUGCUUCAAAUCAUCCUGAUUUGGGUGCUUCUUAUGACAACAUUGGUUUGGUGAAUGAGAAUAUGGGCAACUAUUCAAAAGCACAUUCAUUUUAUGAACAUGCUGUAGAAAUUGGACAACAAUCAUUACCAACAAAUCAUUCGAAUCUUCAACAAUGGAGAAAGAACCUUAAAAACAUAAAAAAGAAAUUAUAA